GGCAUCCAUCCCCAUCACGAAGAUCGUUCGGAAUGUACGGAAACACUGUACAGUACGUAGCAGUGUGGUUGUGGAAGGGAAAAGGAGGAGGCAAAAUCAGUUCAAUUGAUGCUUCGCUUUGCAGCCCAAAAUCAUCUAUCGAUCAGAUAGAUGGUGUUUUGGGAUUGGCCUGCGGCCGCAAUCUCGGGUUCAAAAGGCUUGACUUCUCUACGAGUACAUCAACAAGUGACUGUGCGACGUCAUCAUAACGGAUGCGAAAAUCGGUUGUCAUGUCAUGUCAUGUCAUUCUAUCAGCACGGACACAUAUGCUAUGUGUGGGCUUUCGUAUGGGAAAACGUGGAUGCUGAGAUUCGCCGUGCAGGCUGCCAGUCAAGAGAAAUGAACAACCAUAGAAGGGAAGAAAAAUCAAAAGAAAAACAAAACAAACAAGACUCUUCCAUUAUCGUCGUCAUUAUUAAGGCCUUUAAAUCCAUCCGCUGCAUCAAAUCCAUCAAUCUGGCGUAUAUCCUUGCCGUAAACGGCCCCAAUUUUCGGUUCACUCGAACCACUCCUAACAACAGAAGGGAAAUUGAUCAGCAGAGGACCCAAGAAAUGAAAGACGAUGAUGGCACUUACAGCCCAGCAUGCAGUGGGAUGGUUCUCCUGUCCGCAGUGGACAUGACUGGUCUCCUAUAUAAUGCAAAUCCGUUUAGCGAUCUUGUACUGUCAGAAACACGAAGCGCAGGGUCUUCUGAACGUACGUUCUGGGCCAUACUCAGGCAGUUCUCGUCAACCUGGCAAUCGCCAUCGCUAUAGCACUGUUCACCGAUCAUUAGUAAAGAGAUACCCCAGAGAUUCGAAGGGAAUGAACAUACACUGCCGACUGAGCCACAACCGUGCCAAUGAUAUGUGGAAGCACUCUGCGCACUGACUUCUGUCCCGGGGAAAGGAGCCGCCAGAGUCGUGGCAGUCCCCAGGCUCAGGGCAGUAAGAAUAUAAAGAGAGAGUUGCAUGAUGCCUGAUUAAGGAAUGA